UUCCUGGAGGAGGAGGAGGAUGAGGAGGAGGAGGAGAAGCUGGAAGGUUACUCCGAGCAUUGCUAAUCAACAUUUCCACACACACUGAGGAGAAGAGUUAUGCCGCGCGUGACCAUCUUAUGAGGAUGAAGACGAUUUGGCCCGCUUGCGUUUUUCUGUGGGCGACGUUGCAGCGCGGCAUCUUGCAGGUUGCUGAAUUACCUGACUCAGUGUGGAACUGCUGUGAGGGCGACAUUCUCGUAUUGCUGGACUCGUCAGGAAGCGUGGCCAACUACGAGUUCUCACGCAUGCUGGGCUUCACCGCCAAGCUUCUUCGGCCCUUCUCGCUAGGCCGCGGCCACGUGAGGGUCGGGCUGCUGCAGGUGGGGACCGCCCCGAACCUGGAGUUCGGCCUGGAUGUGCACAGCGAGCAAAGAAGUCUGCAGAAAGCUUUGCUCGGCGUCGCACAGCUGCAGGGGAGCACCAACACCGAGGCGGCGCUACGGAUAGCCCAGCGGCUCCUGACGGAGACGCGCGUGCCGAAGGUUCUGCUCUGGCUGACCGAUGGCGUGGAGCUGGGGAAGGUGGACGAGCCCAUAGCACAACUGAAGGCGCAAGGGGUGUCUGUGUUGAUUGUGUCCACUGUGCACGGCGACUACCAGGUCUUGCAGCGUGCGGUCUCCCCUCCUCUGGAGUCCCACCUGUACUCUGUGGACAUGGACAACAUUGACAUCAUCACAGAGGAAAUGAGAGCGGCCAUUAUCAGAAUCAUUCGAGCAGAGCGACUCCGUGCCACUGACGUCACGUCGCACAGCGCUGUACUGCAGUGGCGCCCUGUUUUAAGCACACUAAGCGGUUACUACGAGCUGUGGUAUAACACCAUUGGGAAUGCGCACGCAGAGGCAAGACGCAUUCUCCCGGGAGAAACCAGCUCGGUGGCGCUGACCGAACUGCAACCCCAGACCACCUAUUCCGCCUUCUUGCGGCCCGAGUCCAACCAGAGGCUUUUCAACACCCUCACUGUGAGCUUCACCACGCUUCCAGCUUCAGAUCUUUUAAGCCCGGCAGUGGUCUCGGUGUCCGAAUCCGGCGCCCGUCAGACACGAGUGAGCUGGGGUCCCCUGCAGCCAGCUUUGGUUGCGAGAUACAACGUGGAGUACGGAGUCAUUCCAAGCGGCGCGGUCUCCAGUGUAAUGGCACAGAGCCACCAGAACUCCACUGUGCUCACCAACCUGGAGCCAGGAACUCAGUACCUUGUCACAGUCAGUGCCUUGUACAAGAACGGAAAAGAAAGAGCCAUGUCUGUGAAAGCAUGCACUCAAGAAGCACCAGCAGAGAGUCUGCCUGCCCUGUCAGAUCUUCAGCUCAACCCAACGGCGCACGAUGAGGUACAGGUAGAAUGGAAGGCGCGACAGCAGGGCCUGACAGGAUUCUGGCUCAGCUGGGAGAAAGGCCACACCCACAGCUCUUCCUCCAUAUACCUGCCGCCGUCCUCACACUCAACGCGUCUCACACACCUUGCGCCGAGCAGCCGCGUGUGCGUGUCGCCCGUCUACAGCUCGGGCCGAGGAGAGGGCAUAUGCUGCACGACAGAGAAGUAAAGAGGUUAUCGGAGCUUAAGGCCUCUUCAGUUCUUUUCUUCAGUUGUGUUGUGUUUUUUUGUUUAUUUGUGGAAAUGCAAUAUCCGUUUUCCUGGAUUAACGAGAGAAUGCUGCAAUCUAGCAGCUGGCAAACAAUCUGCAUUUGGAGUGCUGGAGGCACAAGAUAAUUUGCAGGACUGAGUCUUAUUAUUCUUUUUUUUUUUUUUUUUUUUUUUUUAUGAAUUUCAGCCAUAACAUUACAACAUGUUCAAGGCUGUGGCUUUCCAAAUACAAAAUGUUGAUUAUUAUUAUCCCUAACACUAUCUAUACAUAAUUGAAUUUCCAUCUCAGGACCAAUCAAGUUUCAUAUUUACAUUGAAUGAUGAAAAAUAUCGUAGCAAAUAAGAGUCAAGUUAUUACUGGACUUGCUUGUGUCAAAUUAUACAUUUGUGCAGAACUAUCUAUCCAUCCAUUUUCUCCAUGCAAGCACACGGAGAAUAUGCAAACUUCACACAGGCAAGCUGGAGCCCGGAUUCAUAAAUUUGAGCAUUUUUCAUCUGAAGUGGAUGUGACCUACGAAAGCAAGUAAACUAUAAAGAUGAUCAUUGCAAUUUAUUUUUCCCAGCUUUUAGUCUUUUUUUUUUUUUUUUUUUUUUUUUUGCCGCACAGUUGCUAAGUGUUUUAAUGGGCUACACUCAGACACCACCUUUCUGAUUUAACACUAGUACACCACGUGCUUUACAUUGUUGCGUCCUUCAGCCACCCUCUGUCUAACACAAAAGUAAAUGCAAAAUAAUAAUUUAUUAUUAUUAAUUUUAUUUAAAGAUGCCUUUCAAUCUACUUAAGGUCCCCACACAAACUGAAAAAAAAUCAAGCAUGCAGAACAUAAAACAUCAACUAAAAUGGUAAAUGAUAUGGAAAAUGUUAAAGUGAGUAGGCAUUCCGGAAAAGGUGCGUCUUGACUUUGAAUUUGAAGAAGAUUAAUGAGUCUGUGUUUUGGAGGUGAGGUGGUAGUACGUUCCAAAGACGGGUGCCAGAGCGGCUGAAGGCUCUGUCCUCCACAGUGGACAGACGGGCAGAAGGGACGGUGAGGUGGAUGGAGGACGAAGACCUGACAGAAGCGGGAGGGUAUGGCAACAUGAAGGUCAGCAAGAUUUGGCGGGGCGAGGUUAUUGAUGGCCUUGAAGGUGCAGAUCAGUAUUUUAUAUUGGAUUUGCAUUGGACAGGGAGCCGGGGGAGUUUGCAGGGCUGGAGUGAUGUGGUGAGUGGAUGGGCUCGUUGUGACAAUACGGGCGGCAGAUAGGAUGACAUGAUGACAAACAAGCUCUUUUAUCAAACUCUUCCCAUUUAUAAACCAAAAAGAAAUGUGUUUUUAAAUGUUUUUUUUUUUUAUCUUUCCAUCUUUAUUUAUAGUUCAGUUGUUCCUGUAAAUGUUUUCAUUGGUUAAAUUAAAGGACACGAGAGAAAUAU